GCGCCGGUCAAUCAGCUGAUAAGAAGGGGUUUGUUUAUAAUUUUUCUCUACGGCAUUUUCCACAUUUUCCAAAGAGUUUCCCCUAAAAUCACGUGUCAAGAUUGCUGCGGGAUCGCCUGGAAAGAAACCAGUUAACAAAUUGUGUCGAAGAGUCAUUCAUCUGCGCUGUAAAUGAGCUAAUCGAGGGACUGAUAAGGAACCACGUAUCAAGCUACAACAGAUAGUCCCUCCUACCACGUCGACGUGCGAGAGAGCGUUGCAAAUAGUACUUUUGUUACGUGUCAGAAUGUAGAGCAAAUAGUUCCUUGGACGGGCUCUUUCUUUCAGUCUCGCCGUGUACUGUGCGUGGGAUAGGUUGAGUGGAGAUUUUUUUAGGGCACGAACAAGCACAAGGAGGACUAAGUGAGAGAAGAGGAGGAGAAUGUCCAGAGAAGGGGUAAGUUCUGUAGUAGAGCAGCUGAUCAGUGACCCUAUUUUGCGUGGCAUUCACUGCUGGAUGUGAGUGUCAGGGUGAGCAGAGAUAAGACUCAUUUAGCGAAUGUGAGCGACGAUUAUCUGCCUCAAAGAAAAAGCGAUUAGAAGCAGCGGAAAUAGCCACAACAAAACGUCUUCGCUGCUCAAGAUCGUGCAAAGUAGAAAGACAAGGAAGCUUAACGAUCGAUGGAAGAAUAAAAUCAAAAGUGAUUUGAUAAAGUUCACUGGACCGGAUUGGCUGUAUAGAAAGUUGCUAAAGCGGACGGGUUUUCUGCGAGCCACAGAGAAGCCAAGGUCUGUACAACCUCCACGUCGUCGUCUCACAUUCUCCGCCGCGCGCGACCAACAGUUUUGUCUCUGCUGCACACAAGAGUGGACGGACACACUCAUGGUUCACUUGGACGAGCUUGCACUGUACGAUCCCAAAUUACUCCACGAGUUGGAGUUUUGGCGAUCUCCGGCUAAAUUCAAUCCCCCCAUCACUGCCAUCGCUCCCGGAGAGACAUGGAUGAAGGUACGGCCACUGCAGGAGGGAGACUACGAUCGGGGCUUCCUGGAACUCCUGUCGCAGCUCACGAAAGUGGGGAACAUCACCAAGGCGCAAUUCCUCAUGAAAUUCGCCCAAAUGCGUGCCAGUGGUGGGUACUACGUGACCGUGAUUGAGGAUACGCGAAUCAAUAGACUCAUCGGAAGUGCUACCCUCGUGCUGGAGCACAAAUUCAUUCACGGAUGCUCUGUUCGUGGCAGAUUGGAGGACGUCGUAGUGAAUAAUACGUACCGUGGGAAGCAGCUUGGAAAAUUAAUCGUCGUAACGGUGAAUCUCCUAGCGCAGCAUUUGGGAUGCUACAAGAUGUCUCUGGACUGUAAGGAUCAUCUAAUUCCAUUCUACGAAACCCUUGGCUAUGUGCUUGAGCCAGGAAACUCAAAUGCCAUGAAUAUCCGCUUCGACGGGGCAAAAGAAGCAACUACACGUGAUCGUUCCGUGACAAUGUCCAUUGCGGCCAAUGCCACAAAUCCGGUGGAUCCAUCCUGACAAUUAGCCACCAGAGCUGCUAAUAAGGUUCGAUCCAAGCUCUAGAGAUUUGCAUUUAUUUGCGCAUUACGCUCUACGGGAGGAUUGUCCGCAUCGACAAAGACGCUCAAGCGCCAUUAGCAGCCUGGUAGUAGUUUCAGCAGGAAUUGUGUGUAACCCAAAAGAGUUGAGAUUCUCAUUUUACUUAAGCUUUUAUCCUUUCUGCGAUUUCUCUCAUUUUAUCAACCUUCAAAUAAAAGUCGGUGGUGGUUGUUUUUUCUUUUAAUUUAAUUUAUGUGAAUGUAUUUUGAAUCACAUAAAGUAAAAAAUAAAAUUAGUUACACUUUUACAACAAA